AUGGCAGACCCUGAGCACCCUCCCGACAUCUCCGACGCAGCGGAUCACGUUCAGCAUGUGGGGAAGAGUCCAAUAUCCGCGGGGAAACCGGCUACACAGCAACAACUGAUGGCCGCGUUGACGGCUACCGACGUAACCAUCCGUCGAUUAGAUCUUCUCCUGUCCACUGCCGCCGGGCAGGAGAGGGUGCUAGCGACUGUUAAUUAUGUCGCGUCAAUCCUCAGCCAUGUCUGCGGGUCAACAGCCUGGAAAGCCUUUCAGACAAAACUCCUCCUUCUCGCUCGAAUCAAGACUCGCACCGCAUCAUAUACCAGCAAACCAGCCCCGUCCGGCUCCAAGUGGGCAGCCCUAUCCUCACUCGCCUCGGAAACCCGAUACAAUCUCCGGCUAUUCGGACUCCUCCCACUAUGGAUAUGGGGCUCCGAGACACUCAAAAACCCACCGGAAGACCCCAUCAUUUACGCCUUGACAAUGCUCCAGGUCAUCUCGAACGUCAUCUACCAACUCCUCGAGAACGUGGCCUAUCUAGCAUCUAAGAACGUUCUACCAAAGCGCUUCGUCGACAAAUACGGCGGAAUUGAUAAAUGGUACAUCUGGAGUUGUAGAGGCUGGUUCGGACACAUUUUCUUCGAAUUCUUCGUUCUAUGGCGACAGCACAUUCUCCGCAAGAGACGUCUCGCCGCACAACGCGAGGCCGCCAUCACCAGCGAGACCAAGGAGGAGAUCAAAGCGGAGGAGAAAGAGGCGCUUCGAUUGGAGAUCCGCUCAUGGCGCAAGAGUCUCGUUAAUAAUACUAUCUGGGCGCCCUUGUGCUUGCACUGGUGUUUGGACCAGGGUAUUGGGAUUCCCGAAAAUCUCACGGGAUUGAUUAGUUUCAUGGCUGGUGCAUGGGGUCUACGUGAUCAUUGGGCUCAGACAUCUAAGGCUUAG